AUGGAGCGCGAAAACGAUCGAGACAUCGACCGCGUGAGCGAACGCGCGUCGGCGCUGAAGAACAUCACCAUCGACAUUCACGACGAAGUCGGCGCGCAGCGAAGAAUGCUCGACGAACAGAGCGAUGACUUCGCGCGAGCGAGAGACGCUCUGAGAGAAAGCGCGCGCGCGUUCGCGCAGGUCGUGGAGCAGGCGAGAAGGCAGGGAUAUUUUUGGCAAGUCGUGUGCUUGGUCUUCGUCUUCGUCUUCUUCGCGCGGUGGGCGUUUUCCUAG